AUGCUGCAGAGAGCAGCAUCUGCUGCUGUUGCUGUUGCUGCUGCUGGUCCUGCUCCUUCUACUGCUACCCUCCCUGCUGCUGCUGCUGCCGCUACGGCUGCUUCCCUCAGGUGCUGCGGCAGCGCUGGCUGCCCUGCGAGCAGCAGCAGCACGAGCUACCACUUUAUCAGCAGCAGCAGUUGCUUCUCUUUGAGCAGCAGCAGCAACAGGUACUUUAGCACUGGCAGCAAAAAUAGCAGCAGCAGCAGCAGCAACCAGCAGAGCCUGAUAGGUUGUGGCAACGGCUUUAGGCCCAGCAUCAGCAACAGCAGCAGCAGCAGCAGCAGCAGCAACGACAGCAACCCAGAGCGAAUUGGAAGCGCGUCGUGUGUCUCCUCUACUUUUGUCUUCUCCGGUGUCUCCCUGAAGCAGCAGCUGCUGCUUCUGUCUCUCCGUGCUGCAGCAGCAAACUCGGAAGCAGCAGCAGCAGCAGCAGCAGCAGAACGUUGGGGUUCACCUAAAGAUGCCUACGAAAACCACCGGAAGCUUUGGCUGUGCAUCUCCAAUGAGGCGCUGCUGCUGCUGCAGCAUGCAGCAGCAGCAGCAGCAGCAGCCGCAGAUUGGGGUGUCUCUGUUAGCUUUCUGUGGCUGCAGGGCGUAGUCCCCGUGCUGCAGCAGCUGGCUGCUGCACCUCUGCCUUUAAAAACGAAGCAGCAGCUGCCGUUUGUGCGGCACUUCGAGCUGCUGCUGCAGCAGCAAGACCCUAAUUUACUGCUGCAGCUGAGUCCUGCUGCAGCAGCAGGAGCUGCUGCUGCCCUCAGUCUACUCGGGUUGCUGCGGGGAGCAACGGCACGUGCUGCUGCUGCUGCGCUGCUGCAGCAAGUGGAGACGCUGCCUCCGUUGCUGCUGCUGCAGACUGCGCAAGCAGUGGGUCCUGCCCUGCAGCAGCAGCAGCAGCAACAACAACGGCAGCAGCAUAUGCUGCAGCAGCUGCAGCAAAGAUUGAAGCAGCAGCUGCAGAGGCAAAGGGCUGGCAUACAAUCAAGCUGCAACACAAUAAGCUGUCUGUACACCCGAGCUGCUGUUGGGGGCCUCAGGUUUUCAGAGUGGGAGCAGCUGCAGCAGCAGCUGCUGCAGGUGCUGCAGCAGCAGCACAUGCUAGAGGACACAGAGCUUGUGCAAGCAGCAGCAGCAGCAGCAGCAGCAGCAGCAGCAGGACGCUGCAAGAGCGAGCUACUCAUGGUGCUGCUGUGCCGCCACUUCCUGCUGCGGCUGGGGGGACCCGAUCUGCUGCAGCAGCAGCAACAGCAGCAGCAGCACCAGCAGCAGAGGCAGAAGCAGCAGCAUUUGCUGCAUCUUCAGCCGCUACAGCAGCACCAUACGACAGAGUUUCUGCUGCAGCUGCUGCAGCAGCAGCAGUUUGGGUUUCAAGGGGCGCAAGGGAGACCGCUGCCAUUCUGCGUGCAUGCAGCUCUGCUGCCGGGGCUACCUGACUUACCAGCUGCAGCUUUGCUGCAGUUGCUGCAGAGUGUUGUGGAGUUGCUGUCUCCAAGACCCUCCACGCGCUUGCUGCAGCAGCAGCAGCUGCUGCAGCAGCAACAGCAGCAGCUGCUGCAGCAGCAACAGCAGCAGCAAAACGUCGGGGCGCUGCUGCUGCUUGGGGUGAGUGCAGCUGAGGUAGCAGCACAGAGACACGCCACGCGGCUGCAGCAGCAGCAACUGCUGCUGCUGCUGCGUUCAGUUGUUCACCUUGCGGAUGCUGUUGCUGCUGCUAGAUAUGAUGGGGACAGCAGCAGCUGCGAGCAGCAGCAGCAGCAGCAGCAAAAGCAGCAUGGGGAUGCCUCGCAAGACCUACUCUUUCGUUUGCCUCCUGCUCUGAAGCCAGUUAUUGCUGAAAUAACAAAACACUUCGCGCUGCAGCGGGCCUACUUGCUGCAGCAGCAGCAGCAGCCACAACAACAGCAGCAGCAGCAACAGCAACAGCAGCAGCAACAACAACAACAGCAGCACCAGCAUGCCGCAAAAGCAGCAGUAACUCUGUCUCCAGGAACUAUUGCUGCCUCCAGACUUAUUGCUGCUGCUGGAUUGAGGUGCAGCAGAGCUAGCGGCGGCGGCGGCAGCAGCCGCAGCAACAGCAGCAGCAGCAGCAGCAGCAGCAAUGAGGCGAUGAGGCGUGCUGCAGAAGAAGCGGUGGAGGUGUUGAGAAUUUCAUCACCCCUUUUUCCUUUUCUUUUAAUAGGGACCGUGCAGCAGCAGCAGCAGCAGCAGCAGCAGCAGCAACCGCAGCAGCAGCAGCAGAUGGGGCCCCAAGGAUACGGGGAUUUGCUGCCGUUGCUGCAGCAGUUGCUGCCUGUGCUUGCACACGGUGCUGCUGCUUUUGCUGCUGCUGCUGCUCCUGCUGCAGCAGGUACUUCAGCCGCAGAAGAAUCAGCAGAUCCAGCAGCAGCAGCAGAAGAAGCAGCAGCAGAAGCAGAAGCAGCAGCAGCAGCAGUGUCGUUCCGGUCUGCUGCAGCUUCUGCCGCAGCAACAUUGCUGCUGCGGCUGCAGCCGUUGCUGCUGCUGCUAAGAGACUGUAAACCAGCUGUCUCCUCUAUUAAAGGUAUAUACGAAGGUGAAGCAGCAAGAAGACAUUCUGCUGCACGCGAAGCAGCAGCAUUGCUGCUGCUGCUGCUGCAGCAGCAACAAGCUGCAGGCGACCUCUCCCUCAAAGCACAGAAGCGAUGCACCACCGCCCUAGGCCCUUCGGGCCCCUUCAACUCUGCUGCUGUUUUUAUAAUGCAACACACAAAAACACAGCAGCGGCAUAGAAGGAGACUGAAGCAAAAGACGCAGCAGCGCUACCUGCAGCAACAGCAGCAGCAGCAGCAGCAGCAGGAACGGGAGCAACAGCAGCAACAACAACAACAGGAACAGCAGCUGCUGCAGCAGCAGCAGCAGCUGCAGCAGCAGCAGCGAUGCAUACGCCCAUCCUUCCUCCCGUCUAUCUCUAGUGAUUGCAGCUACUGCUGCUGUCCUGUAUGCUUGCCUCUUGCUUCCAACAGCAGCAGCAGCAGCAGCAGCACUGCUGCUGAGGUGCAGCAGCUGUUGCAUCCCGCUGCUUCAGAUGACAGCGACGAUCUCUUCUUUGAUUCUGCUACAGAUGGAGACGCAGACAGCAGCAGCAGCGGCAGCAGCAGCAGCAGCAACAGCAGCAGCAACACGCAGCAGAAAACGCCCGCGGUGUAUUCUUUUCCUGUAGCCUCCCUUAUAAACAACAGAGAGAGCAGCAGCAGCAGCAGCCAAAGCAGAAGGAAAGGCAGCAGCAGCAGCAGCAGCAGCAACAGCAGCAGCAGCAGCAAUAACAGCAGCAACUUCACGCCGGAGCAGCUAGAAUUUUAUACGCCUCGUUCACUCCUUCCGUCUGUAUACGCAUCGCAACUGCAGCAUCUGCAGCAGCAGCAGCAGCAAGAGCAGCAGCAGCAAGAGCAGCAGCAGCAAGAGCAGCAGCAGUCUGACGAGGACGAGGGAUGGCAGCAGCAGCGUCGCCACCGCCGCCAUACAUACUCGAAGCAGCAGCAGCAGCAACAUCAGCAGCAGCAGCAGCAGCAGCAACAGCAGCAGCAGCAGCAGCAGAAGCGGAGAGCGAUGGCGUCUCUUCUCGAGAAGCUGUCGCAUGAGGUGUAUGCACACCCGAAGGCCCAGAAGGACCGAACAGCAGCAGCAGCAGCAGCAGCAGCAGCAGCAGCAGCAGCAGCGGGGAAUAGGAGAGGGAGAGGCUGGGAUUGUUCUGCUGCACUUCAGCAGCAGCAAAUGGAGGAUGAAAGCGAUGCAGCAAUCAACUGGCCAACGCUGCAGUCUGCUUCUGCUGCUGCUGCUGCUGCUGUUCGUCCUGGUGCAACAGCGGCAGGAGCAGCAGCACUAGCAGCAGCAGAAGCAGCAGCAACAGCGACAGCUGCAGCAGCGACUGGUGCAGCAGAAGAAGCAGCAGCAGCAGCAGAUGCAGCAGCAGCAGCAGCAGCACUUGCAGCAACAGAUGCAGCAAUAACAACAGCAGCAGCAGAUGUAGCUGCAGCAGAAGCAGAAGCAGAGACUGCUGCAGCAGAAGCAGCGGCAGAUAUUGCUGUAGCAGAAGCAGCAGCAGAGGCUGCUGUAGCAGAAGCAGAAGCAGAGGUUGCUGCAGCAGAAGCAGCAGCAGAUGUUGUUGCUGCCGAAGCAGCAGCGAAGGCUGCUGCAGCAGAAGCGGCAGCAGCAGCAGCUCUGGCAGCCGCAGCAGCAGAACUAGAAGCAGCAGAGGCGGCCGUUGCUGCUGCAGCAGAGCGGCAUGCUGCAGCAGCAGGAUUAGCAGCAGCAGAGAGUGCGCGAGCAGCAGCAGCAGAAGCGACGGCCACGAAAGCAGCAGCAAUGAGAGCAGCAGCAGCAGCUGCUGCUGCUGCACAAGCAGCAGCAGCGGAGGCAGCAGCAGCAGAAGCAGCAGCUGCACACCGAGCAGCAGGAGAAGCGCAUGCAGCUGAGGUUGAAGCAGCAAAAGCAGCAACAACGGAAGCAGCAGCUGCUUCUGCUGCUGCCGCCAAAGCAGCAGCUGCUGUAUCAACUGCUGUUGCAGCAGCAGCAGCAGCUGCUGCUGCUGCUGCUGCUGCUGAAGCUACUGCAGCAAAAGCUGCAACAGCAGAAGCAGCAGCCGCUGCUGCUACUGCAGCAAGUCUGGCAGCAGAUGAAGUCGCAGCCGCAGCAGCAACAGCAGCAGAGAAGACAGCUGCCGAGGCUGUUGCAGCAGCAGCAGCUGCUGCUGCUGCACAAGCAUCAGCGCGAGAAGCAGCAGCAGCAGAAGAAACAGCACCAGCGCGUGCUGCCGGUACGGCGGAAGAAGCACCAGCAGCAGCAUCUGGUGCUGCAGCAGCUGCAGCAACAGCAGCAGCAACACGUGCAACGACAGCAGACGAUGUAAAUGAGCCUGGGGCCGCAGCAGCAAUAGCAGCAGCAGCAGCAGCGGCAGCAGCAGCAAAUGAAAGGCAGCCUGUGGAAACAGCAGGAAUAGCAGCAGACACUGCAGCAGCAGAAAGUGCAGCGGCAGCAGAAGCAGCAGCGGUAGCACCAGGUGCAGCAGAAACAGCAACAGAAGCAGCAGCAGCCACAGAAGCAGCAGCCACAGAAGCAGCAGCAGCAGAAGCAGCAGCAGCCACAGAAGCAGCAGCCACAGAAGCAGCAGCAGCAGAAGCAGCAGCAGCAGAAGCAGCAGCAGCAGAAGCGCCAUCAGAGACUGCUGCAAUAGAGGCUGCGGCAGCUGUCACUGCAGCAGCAGAAGCUGCAGCAGCAAGCACUGCAGCAGCAGAAGCGGCAGCAGCAGACGCUCAAGCAGCAGAAUCUGCAGCAGCAGAGACUGCAGCAGCAGAAGGUGCAGCACAAGCAGCUGCAGCAGCAGGAGAUGCAGCAACAGAAGGUGCUGCCGCUUGCGAGGAACGCAGCAGCAGCAGCAGCAGCAGCAGCAACUCUUGCAGUAGCAGCAACACCGUGUGGGAGGGUUCGGUGGCUUCAGGAGAAUCAGCAGCAGCAGCAGCAGCAGCAAACGAAGUAGAAAGAGCAGCAGGAAAAGAAGCAGCAGUAGCAGCAGCAGGAGCAGAAGCCGGCAGAGAUAGCAGCAGCACAGGGGUAGAAGGUUCAGCAGCAGAUGCAGCAGCAGAUAAAGAAGCAGAAGCAGCAGCAGAGACAAACAGCAGCAGCCCCUUUGUUCUGCCUUCACCCUUUGAAUGGGAUGUUGAGCUUGAGAAGAGAGAAGCAGCAGCAGCAGCAGCAGCAGCAAAACCAGAAGCAGCAGAAGCAGAAGCAGCAGCAGCAGCAGCAGCAGCAAUCCCCCUUCCCUCUGAAUGGAUGUCUGUUCGUCUGCAGCUGAGAGGAGUGCCUCCCAGCAGCAGCAGCAGCACCAGCACCAGCAGCAGCAGGAACACCCAUUCAAGCCCUUCAUCCGCUAAGCACAUUGCUGCAGCUGCUGCUGCUGCAGAUUCAUCCCCAGCAGCAGCAGCAGCAGCAGCAGCACCAGCUUGGCUGCCUGCUGCCCCGUUGUGUUAUGUUGAGGCGUGGAGACAGCCAGAGGAGUCUGCUGCUGCUCCUUUGCUGCUGCUGUCAUUUCAGCUGCGGCCUUCUCUGAAGCAGCAGCAGUCUCUUGUUGCUGCUGCUGCUGCAGCGUGUGGUGAGGAGACAGCUACUCGUGCUGCUUCUGCUCCUGCUCCUGCUGCUGCUGCUGCUGCGGGAGUAGAGGCAUCUGAAGCAGGGGGACAGGAAGAAGCACUUGCUGCUGCUCUUGCUGCAGCAGCGGAGCAGCAAGCAGCAGAAGCAGCAGAGGCUGGGAGCAGCCUUUUGCUGCUGCCUCCAGUGCGUAGCUGCGUGGUUGUAGACAGUCUUGAUGCGGGGUUGCUGCUGCUGCUGCGGCAGCAGCAGCAAGUGGUGCUCCGGCUGCUGCAAACAAUAGAUCAGCAGCAGCAAACGCUGCAGCAGCAGCAGCAAAAUUACAGGCCUGUGCUUCAGGUGUACGUACACCUCGCCAGUGUCUUUCGAAGGAAGGAGACAGACAGGAAGCUGCCAGCGGUGCUGCAGCAGCAGCAGCAGCAGCAGCAGCAGCAGCAGCAGCAAGAGAAAUCGUACCAGAAGAAGCAGCAGCAGUUGCUGCUAGCGAGAACAGUAUGGAGUAAGCUGCUGCGAAAGCUGCAGCGCAGCAGCAGCAGCUGCAGCAACAACAGCUGCUGCUGCUGCAGGCGCCGUCUAUUGCGUGUACAAGCAGCAACCCUUACAGCAGCCGCCCCACACCCCUGUGAGCAGCAGCAGCAGGAGCAGCAGCAGCAGCAGCAGCAACGGCAGCUAGAAGAGAAGCAACAACAACAGCAGCAGCAACAACAAGAUCAGCAGCAGCAGCAGCAACAACAGCAGCAGCAUCAGCGACUGCUGAGCUUAGAAACCAGCAGCUGCGAGUCUCCUUCAUUUGUUCGCAGCUGUUCAGCAGACAGAGAGAGCAGCAUAGCAUGUGAUAGCAAUCCAGCAGCAGCAGCAGCAUCAGCACCUGCUGCAGCAACGACAGCUGCUGCUGCUGCAGGAGACAGGAAGACCGAGUGGAGAGAAGAGCAGCAAAGCUGCUGCAGCGGAUGGCGUAGCCUCGGUAGAGUUGCUGCACAGGUGCCCUCAGAAGACGUUGGGGUGUAUCUGCUGCAGCGCUGCUGGUGUGCAGCAGCUGCAGCAGCUGCAGCAGCAGCAGCAGCAGCAGCGCGUGAUGCUGCUGCUGCUUCUCCUAGAACCUCUGAGAGACGAUAUUAA